GCUUCGAAUGACAGCCAAGGCCCCGCACAGUGGCUCACUCUUUCCGGGGUUCAAACAGCAAGUCUAGUGAGCUACCGGAGAGUCAAGGACCACCGAUGAAAAGUUGGUAGUAUAUCUGUGCAACGUUCGGAUUAACUGCAGGUGCACUGCCUUUCAAGGGAACGUCCAGUGCGGCACGGCACCGGGGAGGAUUUCAGUGAACUAUUACAACGGCUAACUGUAUACAGCUAAAUAGUUAGCCACGGCCGCAGACAGGUAUGUCUGAAGUUAGUCUUGAGGCUGAAUCGGGGAGGAUCUCAGCUGAGGACCCUCAGAUGGAUUGUGAGGAGGCUGACAAAGCAGAGGAGAGUUUGAGUGAGGAUGUCAAACAAGAGAGGGCAGACAAUAGUAGGGAAAGAGAUUGUACAGAUGAGGUGCUGUACGACAUUGAUAUUGACAGUGCUGAAGAAAAUGCAGCAGACAGUGACGAGGAUGUUCAGAGGGAGGAUGAGGGCACUCAGAGUGAGAGUGUGGUGAUGUGCAGGGAUGGUGUUGCUGCACAGAUAUCUGGCAGUGUAGAAAGAGGGGGACACGAGACAAAUCAUCAUGUUGAUUCAGCUGAAACACCAGAAGAAAGUGGAGAUUCUCACACAGAAACAAAGGAUAGCACAAUGGCUGAGGAGUCCCAUAGAACCUCAGCCGCUGAGAUUCCCGUCACCAGCAACGGAGAACUGGAUCAGAACCCUGAGACAGUAUUCCAGAGGGACUCUUACCCCAGUGGCCCUGGCGGCCUAAACCUCUCAGAGUCCUGCGUCACCCCUAGCAACUUUGCUUCAACAACAGAGGGCAUCAUUGAAUCAGGACCAUACAAAGGGUCAGCAAGCCUGCCCACGUCUCCCGUGGCACCUGUAGUUCCCAGCUCGGCUGUUGCUAGCCGCCUGGCACGCUCUUCCAGCGAUAGUCAGGCUGAGAAAGGUGCAAUGAAAGCACAGCCAAAGAGUGGAGCAGUGGUCCUUUCAGAUGACUUAAAGAACCCAGCCAUGGAAAAACUGGACCUAGUGAGAAAGUGGAGCAUCAACGCAUAUAAAUGUACCAGGCAGAUCCUGUCAGAGAAGCUGGGUCGGGGCUCGAGGACCGUGGACCUGGAGCUGGAGGCUCAAAUUGAAGUCCUGCGUGACAAUAAAAGAAAGUACCAGAAUGUGAUAAAGCUGGCUCAGACACUGGCCGGUCAGCUGUCACAAGUGAUGCAGACGCAGAGGCAGCUGGGCGAUGUCUUCGCCGACCUCAGCCUCAAGUCACCAGAACUCCAUGAGGAGUUUGGUUACAAUGCUGACACCCAAAAGCUUUUGUCCAAAAAUGGAGAGACACUGCUGGGUGCCAUCAACUUCUUCAUCUCCAGUGUGAACACGCUUGUGGACCAAACAAUCGAAGACACCAUGAUUAAUAUUAAACAGUAUGAAAUAGCCAGGGUUGAGUAUGAUGCAUACCGCACAGAUUUGGAGGAGCUGAAUCUGGGGCCACGUGAUGCCACCACCAUGCCCAAGAUCGAGCAGUCCCAGCAGCAGUUCCAGAUCCACCGUGAGAAGUACGAGAGGAUGCGAAACGAUGUUUCUGUCAAGCUGAAGUUCCUUGAAGAAAACAAGGUGAAGGUCUUGCAUAACCAACUCAUCCUGUUCCACAAUGCCAUAGCUGCAUACUAUGCUGGAAACCAACAGCAGCUGGAACAGACACUCAAGCAGUUCCACAUCAAGUUGAAAAUGCCAGGUGGGGACAGUCCAUCUUGGCUGGAAGAGCACUAAUCACUCCUUUCAAAGCCCUAGUGGCUCAGAUUGGGGUUUUGACAGGAAAUGUCAAAUUCUACAAAAAACUACAGGAAACCCUCUAUUCCCUUCAAUUCUACAGGCACUGCCUUCUGAAAUCUCUGAAUUGUCAAUCUUUUAACUAAAUACACAAAAGGAAAAAGAAACCCACAAUCCGUCUUACUCUUGAGCUUAAAUAAUUCUUUUCAUCUUUGCAGUUAGUUCAAAUCAUAGGGAAAUGCACUUUUAUACUGUUGAACAGGAGUUGCUGCAGUUAACACAUUUGGAAACUGUAAAUGGCCUUUUGUAUUCCAGCAUAUGAAUGUUGUAUCCCAGCACGUUGGACAUGCUGGCUCUGUAAGGGCAGCUACGGGAUGAAAACGGCUGCCAUUUUAUUCAUAUUAUUUACAUUACACUCAUCAGAUAACUACGAUAAGGAUGAAUGCUGUAUGAAAGUCUAAUCGGGAAGAUUCUUUUUCAACAUAUUUCAAGAUUAGACUUGACACCUAAUGUGAUAAAUGGGGCAAAAAUUUCAUUCGGAUUUCUGGCUCAUGCAAAAAUGCAAAUAGAUCACUUUUACCAGCAAACUCUGAUUAAAGUGGUACAUUGACAUUUUGGGAAAUAUUCUUAUUUGCUUUCUUGUGUAGAAUUAAAUGAGAAGAUCAACACCACUCUCGUAUCUGUAAUUUCAGUAUAAGACUAUAGCUAGCAGCUGGUUUGUCUAGCUUAGCAUGAACACUGGAAAUAGGAGGGACACAGCUAGCCUGGCUCUGUACAGAUACUCCCUGUCAACACCUAUAAACCUCACUAAUACAAAAACCAAAGUGUAAAAAUAUCAAGUGGUGGUUUUAUAGGGGUUGUGUACCUUAGGACAAAGCCAGGCAAGCUAUUUCCCCGUUUCCAGUAUUUAUACUAAGCUAACCGUCUGCUGGCUCUAGCUUCAUAUAAAACAGACAGACAUGAGAGUAUAGAGUGUUGUAUGGAUGUUUUCAUAUAACUCUAAGCAAGGGGAAAAAAAAGAGGAGUAUUUCCCAAAUUUUCAAACUGUUCCCUUUGAAACAGAGAUUUAAAAGUAAUAUUGAUGGCUAUUCACAACAAAUGCCUCGUUAUGAUAUGAUAAUGUUGUGAUGAUGCUACUUUUUAAUCAAUAUUAUCCAAUGUUUUUUUUAGCAUUUCCCUAUCUUUUUGACAUUCAUAGAAUAUGAAUGAAUGGUUGUGUUGAUUCUCUUAAAUUUCAGAGAAAAUUAAGGACCAGCCUUUGUGACUAAAUGUGCCUUGGUUUCAUAAAUUUGUUCCUCACUUGGCACUCUCACUACCAGUUUUCGGGACCAAAUCUUGAUGGAAGAGAAUGGACCGAACACAUGCACAAACACACACUCCAAGAAUACCCAUUGCAAAACAAAAUGUUAGCUUUGUUUAAAAAAAGAAAAAAUAAAUGAAAGAAAAAGCUCCAUUAACUUCAGAAAGUCUAAAUCUAUUUGAGGACAUGCUGUUCUCAAAGGUAUUUAUACAUAUUGCACAUGCACAUUUAUGCAUUUGAGACUAAUUACAAAAACUUGUAAGAACUGUAUGAUAUGUAAGGUGUAAACCAAAAUACAAUUAACUUGAGAAACUUUUUGUCUUUUGUAAAUUUAAAAGACCAGCAUACUUUACCUGAGCUGCUAACGGUUUCCUUCAUUGGGCUAUAUAAAAGUAUAUUUUCAAAGGGGACUUCUGUACUCUGGUACUUACAGCCAACUGUCAUGUCUUCACUCUGUUGAUUUUAUACUUUUCCUAUAGCUCACUGUGGCAGUUUGAGAGGGUGAAUCUUGUACAACAAUCUACUGUUUCCCUGAAAUAGGUGGAUAUAUAUUUGUAAUUUUUUCUCUAUUUUAACUUGAGUAUGUAGUCUAUGACCAAUCCAGCCAUUUGGCUGUUUUUUUUUUUUUCCCCUGAAGACCUACAGAAUGAUGUGCUAGUACUAGUAUGUACUAGUGGAUCUUUAUGUUUGUAAUAAUGAAACAUUAUCAAAUGUUGAGUUAAAAAGGAUUCAGAAUGU